AUGGACUCAAGUUCAUCGUCAACACUUCUUCAACAUCAAACAUUUUUAACUACAUUUAUUAAAAGUGAAUAUAAUUCAACUAACAAUCAACAAUAUCCUUUGCCAAUCUAUCCAUUACCAUCAAUGAGUAGUGGUGGAAGUGAUUCAAAUUCAAGUUCACCUUCAACACCAAUGCACAUCGAUGAGAAUUAUCUUGAUGUGCCAACAAAUAAUUUAAAUAAUGAAAAUCAUUUAUUAGAAUCUUCAAAUAACAAUUCAAAUAAUCAACGUCGUUCACGUCGUACAGCACGUUUAUCACGUCGAUUAAGUAAUCAACCAUAUCCUUCGACGUCAUCAUCUUCGCACCGUAUAUCAUCAAAACGACGACAACAACAACAGCAGCAACAGCAACAGCAAGAACAAUCAAUGUCCCAAGAUGAUGUUCAAAAUCAACGUGCUAUUGCUAAUGUACGUGAAAGACAACGUACACAAUCAUUGAAUGAUGCAUUUGCACAUCUUCGCCAUAUUAUUCCAACUUUACCAUCGGAUAAAUUAUCGAAAAUUCAAACGUUAAAAUUAGCAACACGUUAUAUUGAUUUUCUUUAUCAAAUUUUACGUACAGAUGAAGAACAGGCCUCAUCAUCCAAUAUUUCAUUAGCACAUGCAACUCCAACACCACAAAUUCAGCAACAUCAUCAUCACCAUCAGCAACAACAACAACAACAGCAACAACUACAGCCACCACCACCACCACCACCACAACAGCCACAGCCACAACAACAACAACAACAACAACAUACACAUGAUACAGAAUCUUCACCAUCAUCACAACCAAAUGAACGUACAUUAAGUUACGCAUUUAGUGUAUGGCGUAUGGAAGGUGCUUGGUCAGCUAAUGGUAAUACAAGUAAUGGACAACAAACAUCAAUCAGUAAUGGAUCAUUUUCUCCUGAUGAUUAUCAAGAAAACUAA